AUGCCCAUAUAUCCCCGAAUCUAUAAUGGGAUGAUCGAUCCCGAGGAUCAUGUAACUCACUAUAUCAUAACCGUAAAAGGAAACGACCUCACCAAAGAGCAAGUUUCCCCCAUAUUGCUGAAGAAAUUUGGCAAAACCCUUUCGGGAGUGGCGUUGACAUGGUAUUCAUUGCUGGCAGCUCAUUCCAUAGAAACAUUUGAAGAGAUGGCCGACAAGUUCGUAACUAGACAUGCCGGGGCCAAGAAAGUUGAGACAAGGGUGAAUGACAUCUUCACCGUCAAGCAAUCCCCCGGGGAGGGAAUGAGAGACUUUAUUGCCCAAUUCGACAAGGUGAGGAUGACUUUACCAAACAUCGUCGAAGGAAUGGUCGUGGCAGACUUUCAAAAUAGGUUGAACAGAAAAGGCUCGAAGGCGACCAGAAAACUAUUGAGCCGAUUGAUGAAGCAUCCACAUCCCACCUGGGACAAUAUACAUAAUGCCUACUGUGUCGAGGUCAAGGAAGAUGACGAAGACCUCAACAGGCCAACCUGA